AUGGUAACACAUCCAACAUCAAGUAUUACAUUUAAUUCAUUUAAUCAACCUCCAUUUCAAGUCUAUCCAUAUUUUGGAGAGUAUAUUGUAUUAUUAUUAGAUGAAGCUAAUCAUCAAUUAGCCUUAACAGAUUUAAAUUCCAUUGAUUUAAUAGUAUCAAUAUAUGAUAAAUGUUUUGAAUUUUAUCAAUCAUGUUUUGAAAAUGGUGAUAAACCUUCAAAUACAUCCUAUAUGAUGGAAGGUAGAGUAACAGUAUGUGUUGUUUCAAAUGGAGCAGGUGGAUUAGGUAUUGUAGGUGGAUUUGGAGUUGAAAUUGGACCUGCCUUUUUUGAAACAACAUUUAAAAAUGUUAAAUAUGGUUUAAAUGAAAACUUUUAUCAUGUUUUAUUUUAUGAAUUUGGUAGAAAUUGGUGGUUAACAAGUAAUUCAUUAACAUGUCAAGAAACUAAAUGUAAUAGUAGUUUUAUUGAUGGUUAUGCUAUUUUUAUGCAAAUAUGGGCAAUGAAAUAUUGUAAUAUUAGUGGCGGUUUUUAUUCAGGUCAACCAUUUUCAGUUCAUAAUUUAAAAAUAUUACAACAUGUUACAAAUUAUGAAUUAAAUAAUCAAGCUAAUUGGGAAAAUACUUUACAAUUAAAAAGAGGUGCUGAUUUUGCUGAACAUUAUGGAUGUGAAUUAUGGGCUGGUUUUAUGCAUUACAUGUCAAUUAGAUUUGGUGGUUUAUCUUUUGUUCAAAGAAUAUUUAAAAUUGCAAAGAAAUUAACACAACAACCUUUAAAUCCACAACAAGUUUUAGAUAAUUGGUUCAUUUCAUGUUCAAAAGCAGCACAAAAGAAUUUAACACUUCUAUUUACUAAAAGAUGGAGAAUGAAUGUUUCACAUUCUGCUAUUGAACAAAUUCAACAAGAAUUUAGAAUUUCAUAUGAAUAUGAUCAAAUUGAAAAAUCAUCAAAUCCACAUUCUCAAAUUUCAAUUACUAAUCAACAUGUUUCAUCAAUGAAUGAAUCAAAUAUUCCUUUUAAUAUUGAAUUUAAAGAAUAUGAUGCUAAUUGUAUUUUAAUUGGAUUAAAUUUAUGGACUGGUCAUAUUAUUGAUUCAAUUCAACCUAUUUAUGGUAAAAUUAAUCAAGAGAAUGGUCAAUUAGAAUAUGUUAGAGAAGGUGAAAAGUAUGGUACAUGUGGUGGUAAAUUAGAAAGAAUGGAAUUUAAAGGUUAUAUUCCAACUGCAAUUCAUUAUGAAAAUGGAUAUUGGUAUGGUAAUAAGUUAUUAUGUAGAAUUGGAAUUGAAUUUCAAGAAUGGAAUUCAAUAAUUAAGACCAUGUAG